GCUGCGGGCAUCUGGUUCCACAGCAUGGCGGGGGCGGGGCUGGGUGAGGCGCGCGCCAAGCAGGCCGGGGAGCCCCUCGCCCCGGCCCUUUGAGCCCGGACCGGACAGAGAUGUGAUAAUGGAUCAUCAUGUUUCCACCAUCAAACCUCGAAGAAUCCAAAACCAAAAUGUCAUUCACCGCCUGGAACGCCGGCGGAUCAGUUCAGGCAAGGCAGGCACCCACUGGCACCAGGUCCGAGUGUUCCACCAGAAUGUCUUCCCCAACUUCACGGUCGUCAAUGUUGAAAAGCCCCCUUGUUUCUUGCGUAAAUUCUCACCUGAUGGACGCUACUUCAUUGCUUUCUCUUCAGACCAGACAUCUCUCGAAAUCUAUGAGUACCAGGGCUGCCAGGCAGCUGAGGACCUACUGCAGGGCUAUGAGGGGGAAAUCCUGUCCAAUGGCAAUGACCAGCGGUCAGUCAACAUCCGUGGCCGGCUCUUCGAACGCUUUUUCGUCCUGCUGCACAUUACCAAUGUGGCAGCCAAUGGCGAGCACCUGAACCGGGAGUGCAGCCUCUUCACUGAUGACUGCCGCUGUGUCAUCGUGGGCUCAGCUGCCUAUCUCCCAGACGAGCCUCACCCUCCUUUUUAUGAGGUAUAUCGGAACAGUGAGUCCGUGACCCCCAACCCCCGGUCCCCCCUGGAGGACUACUCCCUCCAUAUCAUUGACCUUCAUACUGGCCGCUUAUGUGAUACACGUACCUUCAAGUGUGACAAAGUCGUCCUGUCACACAACCAAGGGUUGUACUUGUAUAAGAACAUCCUGGCCAUCUUGUCAGUGCAGCAGCAGACCAUCCAUGUCUUCCAGGUGACUCCUGAAGGCACUUUCAUUGAUGUGAGGACCAUUGGCCGCUUCUGCUAUGAGGAUGACCUGCUCACUGUGUCAGCUGUUUUUCCUGAGGUGCAGCGGGACAGUCAGACAGGCAUGGCCAAUCCUUUCAGGGAUCCCUUCAUCAACUCCCUGAAACACCGGCUGCUCGUGUACCUUUGGCGCCGGGCAGAGCAGGAUGGUAGUGCAAUGGCCAAGAGGCGCUUCUUCCAGUAUUUUGACCAACUGCGGCAGCUGCGCAUGUGGAAAAUGCAGCUUCUGGAUGAAAACCAUCUGUUUAUCAAGUAUACUAGUGAGGAUGUCGUAACCCUGCGGGUCACAGAUCCAUCACAGCUGAUUCUGCCUGUAACAGUUAGAGACUGUAUAAAGAAUUGUCUCCUAAGACCGUACCAGCCAUCCAUGGCAUCUUUCUUUGUGGUGUACAAUAUGGUGACAACAGAGGUGAUCGCUGUGUUUGAGAAUACAUCAGAUGAGCUUUUGGAGCUGUUUGAGAACUUCUGUGAUCUCUUCCGUAACGCUACCCUGCAUAGUGAAGUCCAGUUUCCCUGCUCAGCUUCCAGCAACAAUUUUGCACGGCAGAUCCAGCGCCGGUUUAAAGACACUAUUGUAAAUGCCAAGUAUGGAGGGCACACGGAGGCAGUACGCCGGCUGCUGGGUCAGCUCCCCAUCAGCGCCCAGUCUUACAGUGGUAGCCCCUACCUUGAUUUGUCUCUCUUCAGCUACGAUGACAAGUGGGUGUCAGUCAUGGAGCGGCCCAAGACUUGUGGAGAUCACCCUAUCAGGGCUAACAUUCCAUUAUCUGGAUGGGCUGUAAUUUCCUUGGCUAGCGCCCUGUUGAUGGACAUUUAGGUUCCAAUCUUCUUCCGUUACUCGCCGUGCCUCACGUAUGGAAGAUUUCACUUAUGGAAUGAUGGAGACCGCCUGUGCUUCCUCUUCUCCACGUGCCCCUCCAGAUCCGUUCUGCUGCCUGCGAGGCUGGCCCUCCAGGGACGGCACCACCCUGCUCCCCUGCUCUGGUUCUUGUUGGGCUCAGCCACUGGGCACGUCAGGUAGCCAGAGGCUGGAGCCAUCAGUGUGUUUCUGUCCUCUCCCUCUGCGGGCCACGGCUUUGGCAGAGGCUGCAUCCCUGUGACUAGAGCGCCGCCAGGUUCUGGGGGCUUGUCCCUCCCCGGCUCCUGCUAGUCCUUGAGUGCUGCAGCCUCUUUAUCCCCUGACCCUGCCCACGCCUCUCUAAAGGACUUUCUUUAAGCUUCUCUUUUGAACCGCCUGUUUCUUGCUCUGUUAAACUAAUUGCUCCAGGCCCUCUGUCCACCCGAAUAAAGGCCAAACCAUAUCACAUCACAGAGCGGUUUCUCAUGAGCCCCAUGUUUUUUACACAACGUGUUUAUAUAUACUUUUAAAGUGUAACUCCUUCCGUCGGUGGUUUCGACACAAGAAGCCUCCAGUUGGGUUCCUUUAGUCAUUGGUCACAAGUUAACCUUCAUAGGUCCUGCUAAGGAUGGAAGAGAAGGCAGUAGAGAGACAUUUUCCUUCUAAAUUCACAUUCAGGUCUUGGUCCUUUCCCCUUCUCUAACCUUUGUAACGCAGCGGCUUCCCUACAUAAGAGGGCAUUUGUGCAUUUACUACACGGGGUUCAGGCAAAUCGCAAUGCUUGGCUGGCUGUGCAGGCGUGGAGCCCCUCGGUGGUCGGCAGGCCCUUCCUGCAGACUCCCCUCCGACAGACAUGCACCUUUUCAUCUCCUGGUAAUGCUCUCACCCUUGGUCCUCUGUCCAAGGAAGAGGGGGGUCUCUCCUGCUGGGUCCCCAGAGGCCCCACCUUUGGCUUCUGUGUGGCAUCCAGGGACCCCAGAGUCCCGACUGAGCAGUCAGUGCUGCCUGGGAGCCUGGCUGAGCCUGCUGUGUCAGCACCACCUGGACUCGCUUUCCUGCAUGUCUCAAUUUGGGCUCUGCUCUCGCCCAUCCCUCCACCUCCCCUAAUUUCUAGAGAACCCUGUUUUAUACCACUCUACCCUCCCUCCUUUAGGGUCAUGCAGUCUCGGGUGCUGGGGUUGCUGACUCCCAGGGAGUGUGUAACGCAGUCUUGACUGUGGGGAAUCUCUGAUGGUUCCAGGACCACUCUCCCGCACUGUCAGGGCUAACUAACUUUAGAAACACCUGCUAACAGUGAAACCUGCUAUCAGAAAACUCCAGAGGUAGGAGGCACAAAGCUCUCAAUUUGGGGCCAAAUUACAAGUUGGUAAGAAAAGUUGCUAAUGAGCUCUGGAACCCUUAGUUAAGGGGCUAAAAAGGAAAUAUGUGAAAUCUAAGAAGAAGGUGCCUGGUACUUAGCGGCCCACAU